AUGAGUGACAAACCAGGCCUCUCAUCAGAGCAACUCGAGGCCUUCAACCGAGAUGGCUACCUCAUUCUACCCGGCGCCCUCUCUGGCUCAACAGUAAAGUCUCUUCUGGACGAAACUCACAACCUUCUGGAGAACUUCUCUCUAGAUGACCAUCCUCUUACACGCUUCUCAACUGGUGAGAAGCGUGAUCAUGUUGGCGACGACUACUUCCUUACCUCAGGCGAUAAGGUGCGAUUCUUUUUCGAGGAAGACGCUUUCGAUGAUGAAGGAAAUCUCAUCAAGCCGAAAGCUCGCGCUGUGAACAAGAUUGGUCAUUAUCUCCACGCUCUAUCGCCCCCGUUUGCGCGUCUGUUGGACCAUGAUGCUAGCAAGGUCAGCCCACCUGCUGUAGCCCGCAGUCUUGGCUUUAAGGACCCACGGUGUUUGCAGAGCAUGGUCAUCUGCAAACAACCAGAGAUCGGUGGUGCCGUACCGCCUCAUCAGGAUUCUACUUUCCUGUAUACCAACCCUCCUUCUGCUGUUGGCUUCUGGUACGCUCUUGAAGAUGCUACUCUUGAGAACGGAUGCCUAAGUUUCUUACCUGGCUCACACCGCUGGGCGCCAGUGGAGAAGAGACUUGUUCGUAAGGCAGGUAACGCUGGUACAGAGAUGGUUGAUAACGAAGGACCCAAAUUCCCUGCGACAGAUGGCUACGGGAAGGGUGAGCCAGAGGGCAAGCAUGAGUACGUUCCUGGUGAGGUCAAGGCUGGUGACUUGGUUCUCAUUCACGGCAACCUGUUGCAUAAGAGCGAGAAGAACACAAGUCAAAAAGGAAGAAUCAUCUACACGUUCCAUAUCAUUGAAGGGCAGGGUAAGGAUUACGACGAGAAGAACUGGCUUCAGCCGCCUGAGGAGGGGUUCACUAAACUGUACGCCUAG